CUGAAGAACCCCAACGCCUUUUGGGAGACAGACAGGUGCUUGCCGCAUCCAUUCUCAACGUCUACUACCGCCUGACUACGACCGCGUUCCGCCCCGAGGACGAAGACGGCAUGAUACGAAGCACACUGUAAACGAGAUCGUUACGGAAGGAAGACCGCCACCCCCGCCACUCGUGCGUGUAUCUCGCAACCGCGACACCGCCUGCCAUGUCGGACAAAAUCACGUCCAAGAACCUCUCCUACGACACCACGAUCCCGCCCUUCCUGCGCGCCCUGCACGCCCAGGCGGGCGGGAACGCGGCGGACCCUGACCCGAUCCUCUCGAAGCGGCGGCGGGCGGGCAAGAAGCGCUCCGAGAGCGAGGAGGCCGAGGACGCGCCUCUCGUGGUGGACGACGAGGGCAAUGUCGUCAACGUGCGGGUGGACAAGGACGGCGGCGUCGACGAGAGCGCGCUGAAGAAGGACGGCGAGGUGGACGACGAGACGGGCACCAGCAGAGAGGAGAGCAGGAGGGAGGCAGAGAAGCUGGCGGGGAUUGGGGCGAGUAAGAAGAGGAAGGCUGGCAAGGUUGUUGGUGGUGACGCUGCUGAGGAUGCGGACGAUAAGGAUGCGUCAAACAAUGUGAAAAAGGGAAGCAAGGAGGACGAGAAUGGCAAGAAGAAGGUUGGCAAGAAGAAGGGCAAGAAGAUCAAGCUGAGCUUCGAUCCAGAAUGAU